AUGUCGAACGUUUACUUCCCAUACUCCAAAGCGCCUCUGCGCACCAUUAAGGAGAUUCAGUUUGGUCUCUUCUCACCGGAGGAGAUCAAACGGAUGAGUGUGGUUCAUGUGGAAUAUCCUGAGACGAUGGACGAUCAGAGACAGCGACCUCGGACUAAGGGCCUGAAUGAUCCCCGUCUAGGCACGAUCGAUAGACAGUGGACUUGCGAAACAUGUGAAGAGGGCCAGAAGGAGUGUCCAGGCCACUUUGGGCAUAUUGAGCUUGCAACACCGGUUUUCCAUAUCGGUUUCUUGACAAAAAUCAAGAAGCUGUUAGAGACUGUCUGCCACAACUGUGGAAAGAUCAAGGCCAACACGUCCGAUUCCAAAUUCCUGGAUGCGCUACGAAUCCGUGACCCCAAGAGGCGUUUCGACCACAUCUGGCGCCUGUCAAAAGAUGUCUCCGUCUGCGAAGCCGAUCCCCCGGAAGACGAUGACCCGUUUGCCAAGGAGAACCCCAAGAACUUCAGGCCUCACGGUGGCUGUGGAAAUGCCCAGCCUACGAUUCGGAAGGAGGGAAUUACUCUGGUCGGUACUUGGAAGCCUAGCAAAAGCAUGGACGACGAAAUGGAUCUACAACAGCCGGAAAAAAAGGUGAUCACUCCUCAUGUCGCCCUGAAUGUCUUCCGCAGUAUUUCCCAGGAGGAUGUCCGCAUCAUGGGUCUGAGCAAUGACUACGCUCGUCCAGAGUGGAUGAUCUUGACCGUCUUGCCUGUUCCUCCUCCCCCAGUCCGUCCCAGCGUUCUCGUCGGUGGCAGUACCAGUGGCCAACGCGGCGAGGAUGAUCUGACAUACAAACUCGCCGAAAUCGUUCGUGCGAACCAGAACGUCCAGCGUUGCGAACAGGAGGGUGCCCCGGAACAUGUCGUCCGCGAAUUCGAGUCUCUCUUGCAAUACCACGUUGCAACCUACAUGGACAAUGAUAUCGCGGGUCAGCCAAAGGCUAUGCAGAAAUCUAACCGUCCGGUGAAAGCCAUUCGCAGUCGUUUGAAGGGCAAAGAGGGUCGUCUGCGUCAGAACCUGAUGGGCAAGCGUGUGGACUUUUCCGCUCGUACUGUCAUCACGGGUGACCCUAACUUGUCUCUGGACGAGGUCGGCGUGCCGAAAAGCAUUGCUAGGACUUUGACCUACCCUGAAGUGGUCACCCCCUACAACAUUGACAAACUGCAGGCGCUUAUCAUGAACGGGCCGAACGAGCACCCUGGUGCACGCUACAUCGUAAGAGAUAACGGCGAGCGCAUCGAUCUGCGUCAUGCGAAGCGGGCUGGCGGCCAGCAGCUUUUGUACGGCUGGAAAGUCGAACGGCAUCUGCUGGAUGGGGAUGUGAUUCUCUUCAACCGUCAGCCUUCGCUGCACAAGGAAUCCAUGAUGGCUCAUCGCGUUCGUGUGAUGCCCUACUCCACUUUCCGCUUGAACCUUUCGGUCACGACUCCCUACAAUGCCGAUUUCGACGGUGACGAAAUGAACUUGCACGUCCCUCAAAGUGAAGAGGCGCGCGCUGAACUCAGUCAACUCGCUCUGGUUCCGAUGAACAUUGUCUCUCCCCAGCGAAACGGUCCUCUGAUGGGUAUUGUCCAGGAUACUCUCUGUGGUAUCUACAAAAUCUGUCGUCGUGAUGUUUUCCUCUCCAAGGAGCAGGUGAUGAAUCUCCUGCUUUGGGUUCCUGAUUGGGACGGUGUCAUCCCUGCUCCCGCCAUCUUGAAGCCCCGUCCCCGCUGGACCGGGAAACAAUUGAUCAGCAUGGCCCUGCCAUCUGGCUUGAACUUGUUGCGUGUCGAAAAAGACAACUCUCCUCUCUCCGAGAAAUUCGCUCCUCUCAAUGAUGGCGGUCUUCUUGUCCACGGAGGUCAGCUUAUGUAUGGCAUGUUUUCCAAGAAAACCGUUGGUGCCACCGGCGGCGGUGUCAUCCACACUAUCUUCAACGAGUAUGGACCUAGCACUGCCGUCUCUUUCUUCAACGGUGCCCAGACAAUCGUCAACUACUGGCUGUUGCACCACGGUUUCAGUAUUGGUAUUGGUGACACCAUCCCCGAUGCUGUCACCAUCCAAAAGAUCGAGGAAGCCGUCAAGGCUCGCAAGCAGGAGGUUGAGUCGAUCACGCUGAGCGCAACUGAAAACACCUUAGAAGCGCUGCCGGGUAUGAAUGUCCGUGAGACCUUUGAGAGUAAGGUGUCUCGUGCUCUCAACAAUGCCCGUGAUGAGGCUGGUAGCGCGACCGAGAAAAGUUUGAAGGAUCUGAAUAACGCCAUCCAGAUGGCUCGCUCGGGUUCGAAGGGUUCAACCAUCAACAUUUCCCAGAUGACCGCUGUCGUCGGACAACAGUCUGUCGAGGGAAAGCGUAUCCCCUUCGGUUUCAAAUAUCGCACCUUGCCUCAUUUCACCAAGGACGAUUACUCUCCCGAGUCCCGUGGGUUUGUGGAGAACUCCUACCUCCGUGGCUUGACACCUACCGAGUUCUUCUUCCACGCCAUGGCUGGUAGAGAAGGUCUUAUCGAUACCGCUGUCAAGACUGCGGAAACUGGUUACAUUCAGCGCAAGUUGGUCAAGGCAUUGGAAGAAGUGAUGGUUAAGUACGACGGCACGGUUCGAAACUCUCUCGGUGACAUUAUCCAGUUCAUCUACGGAGAAGAUGGACUUGACGGCGCGCACAUUGAAAAUCAACGGGUUGAUGUGAUUCGCUGCUCUGAUGAGAGAUUCAGGCAACGUUUCCGCGUUGACCUAAUGGAUCCCGAGAUGAGCCUUGGGCCCGACGUGCUGGAGCAGGCAAACGAGAUUGCUGGUGACAUGGAGGUUCAGACAUAUCUCGAUGAAGAAUGGGAGGCGUUGCUCAAAGACCGUGCAUUCCUGCGCUCUGUUGUCAAGGAAGAUGAUGAAAUGAUGCAGCUUCCCAUCAACGUGCAGAGAAUCAUUGAAACUGCCAAGACCACGUUCAGAAUCCGUGAAGGAACCAUCAGUGACCUGCACCCGGCGGAGGUUGUGCCCCAAGUACAGUCCCUCCUCAACCGGUUGUGGGUCGUCCGAGGCGACGACGUGAUCUCCCUUGAAGCCCAAGACAACGCAACGUUGUUGUUCAAGGCACAGCUCCGCAGUCGUCUUGCUUUCCGCCGGCUCGUCACUGAGUAUUCUAUGAACAAGCUCGCUUUCCAGUAUGUGCUCGGUGCCAUUGAGAGCAAGUUCGCCAAGGCGGCAGCGGCAGCAGGUGAGAUGGUGGGUGUUCUGGCCGCUCAGUCGAUCGGUGAGCCCGCUACUCAGAUGACUCUGAACACCUUCCACUUCGCCGGUGUGUCCUCGAAGAACGUCACACUUGGUGUGCCUCGUCUCAAGGAAAUUCUCAACGUCGCCACCAACAUCAAAACGCCAUCGAUGACUGUGUACCAGGAUCCUUCGUCCUCCCACGACAAGGAGGGAGCCAAGUUUUUACGAAGCGCCGUCGAGCACACGAGUCUGCGAUCCGUCACGGAGGCCACAGAAAUCUACUACGACCCGGAUAUUCAGUCCACCGUGAUUGAGAACGACAGGGACAUGGUGGAGUCCUACUUUAUCAUCCCUGAAGACGUGGCGGAUGAUUCGUCCCGCCAGUCCAAAUGGCUCUUGCGUAUCAUCCUCAGCCGACCCAAGCUUCUCGACAAGGGUCUCACGGUUCAGGACGUUGCCGCUCGGAUCAAGCAGGCGUACCCCAAGGAUAUUGCUGUUAUCUUCAGCGACAACAACGCCGACGAGCAGGUGAUCCGUAUUCGUCAGAUCCAGGAUUACAAGGACGAUGAAGACGAUGAUGACAUCGAAUAUGAUGUGACUCUGAAGAAACUGGAGCAGCAUCUCCUGGAUACCCUGACCCUCCGUGGUGUACCUGGGGUUGAACGUGCGUUCAUCAACGAGAAGAGCAAGGUUCGGGUUCUCGAGGACGGUACUCUCUUCUCAAGCAAGACAGACCCUCUCUGCAAGGAAUGGGUGCUGGAAACCAGCGGAUCUGCGCUCGGGGAGGUUCUGGCCAUCCCGGGCGUCGAUUCCACCCGCACGUACUCCAACCAGUUUAUCGAAGUCUUCCAGGUCUUUGGUAUCGAAGCCGCUCGUACCGCUGUUCUGCGUGAGUUGACCCAGGUGCUGGCCUUUGACGGCUCCUACGUCAACCACCGCCAUCUCGCACUCCUGGUCGAUGUCAUGACCGUGCGAGGUUAUCUCACACCCGUCACCCGCCAUGGUAUCAACCGUGCCGACAACGGUGCCCUCAUGCGUUGUUCUUUCGAAGAGACCGUGGAAAUUCUACUUGAGGCUGCCGCCUUUGGCGAGCUGGAUGACUGCCGCGGCGUGUCUGAGAAUUUGAUCCUCGGCCAGAUGGCUCCUGCUGGAACUGGCGAGUUCGACAUCUUCCUGGAUCAGUCUAUGCUCAACACGGUUGUCUCGAACAAUGCGCGGUUCCACAUUGGAGCGAUUGGAGCCAAGGAUGCGAUCAUCUCCGACGGAGCGGCCACCCAGUAUGACACCGGAUCCCCCAUGCAGGAGCACGCAUACAUCGGUACCCCAGACCCGGAUGCGAACUUCUCGCCCAUCCGCCAGGCUGGCGCGGAGACUCCAGGUGGUCUUACUCAGUACCAAGGUGCGACUUACGAAGGCGGAUUCAGCCCGGCUGUCUCCGGUGGCUACUCCCCGACCAGCCCCUUCAACACAAGCCCUACCUCUCCCGGUUACUCUCCCACAUCGAGCUAUUCGCCGACCUCCCCUGGCAUGGGUAUCACCAGCCCUAGGUUCAUCACGUCUCCCGGCUUCUCGCCCGCCAGUCCGUCGUUCGCCCCGACGUCUCCGGCCUACUCCCCCACGUCGCCGGCUUACGGCCAGGCUUCCCCGACCUCUCCGUCGUACUCACCGACGUCCCCGGGAUUCUCGCCGACUUCGCCAAACUACAGCCCCACGUCUCCGAGCUUCAGCCCGGCUUCCCCUGCGUUCAGUCCCACGUCGCCGAGCUACAGUCCCACCAGCCCGGCGAUCGGUGGCGCCGGCAGACAUCUCUCGCCCACGUCUCCUACUUCUCCGAAGUACACUCCCACCUCUCCUGGCUGGUCUCCCACUAGUCCGCAGACGUACUCUCCCACCUCACCCAACUUUGCCGGCUCCCCGACGUCUCCUGGUGGCCCGACGUCUCCCGGGUACAGCCCGACCUCGCCGGCCUUUAGCCCUUCGUAA